CACAGCCCCGGGACCCCGGCCCACAGUCCCCACCACAGCCCCGGGACCCCGGCCCACAGUCCCCACCACAGCCCCGGGACCCCGGCCCACAGUCCCCACCACAGCCCCGGGACCCCGGCCCACAGUCCCCACCACAGCCCCGGGACCCCGGCCCACAGUCCCCAUCUCUGCCCACAUCGCCCCGGCCCACAGACCCCGGCCCCUCGCCCCCAGUCUACAGCACCGGCUCCCGGACCCCUCACCGAGCGCUGGCCGGGGAGCGGGGACACAGGCUGCCGACUACCCCGGCACAUGGACAGCUCCGGGACGCUGCCUCAAGAUGCUGAUAGUUGAAAAGACCACUGACUACCCUUCCACUGAGUAUUCUCUGGUGGAAGAUGUUGCUCUGCACUUUACUUGUUUGAUGGACAGACUGAACGAGCAGCGCCUAUUCCAGCCAGACCUGUGCGACGUUGACAUUGUCCUGGUGCGGCAGAAGAACACUUUCCCCGCCCACAAAGGGGUGCUUGCGGCCUACAGCCAGUUCUUUCACUCCCUCUUCACGCAAAACAAGCAGCUUCAGCGCGUCGAACUCUCGCUGGAGGCGCUGACCUCGCAAGGGUUCCAGCAGAUCCUGAACUUCAUCUACACGUCCAAGCUGCUGGUAAAUGCCUGCAACGUGCAGGAUGUUCUGAAUGCCGCCGCCGUCCUGCAGAUGAAUGACAUUGCCACGUCCUGUCAAGAGUUGAUAGACAGCCGGUCCUUGAACCUGACGACGGUGGUGAGCGACAUGUCAAAGCAGGAGAGCCACGGCAAUCCUCUCGGCUCUCAGUUCUACCGCGAGAUCAAGCAGGAGGUGGACUCGCAUCACAAGAUCUACGCCAGGGAGGGCAACAACCCCUACUCGGUGCGGGUAGAGGACAACACUGGGAAGCAGCACUCGCAGCUACAGCAGAAGCAGCAGUAUUACAAGGAGGAGAACGACAGCCAGGCAGUGUGCAAGAUGGAGGGCGACGGCGAUCUGGACUCGGACUCGGACAGCCGCAGCUCAUACAACCGUGAGCAGAUCAUCGUCGAGGUCAACCUCAACAACCAGACCCUGAACGUCUCCAAGGGCAAUGAAGGCAUGUCCUCGCCUUUGGAGACAACGGCCGUGCUGGGGAGGUGCCCCGAGGAGGACGAGGAGGAGGACGAAGAUGAGGAGGACGAGGAAGAGGAGGAGGAGGAGGAAGAAGAUGAGGAAGAUGAGGACGAAGAUGCCGACGUUGGGGACGAGGAAGAAGAUGAGGAGGACAUCAGCGAGGAAGAGGAGGACGCGGAGGAGAGCGAAGAAGACGGGAACAACGACGACAAUAAUCCCGCAACUACUGAGGUCAAGACUGAGAGCGGCCAAACUACCAGGAGGACAGCAAGAGCUUCAACUGCCUCCAAGGCGCCGCCUCCUGUGGCCUCCAGCAGGUCGCGGAGACGGGCCAAGCAAGAAGUGACCACUCGAGGCAGGAAGAGAAAGAAGGACUCCGAUAGCACGAAUCAGAAGGUGAAAAUUGAGGAGAAACAGAACUACCCCUGCAAAAAGUGCCCCCGGGUCUUCAAUAACCGUUGGUACUUAGAAAAGCACAUGAAUGUCACACACAGCCGAAUGCAGAUCUGUGACAAGUGUGGCAAGAGAUUUGUACUGGAGAGUGAACUGUCACUGCAUCACCAGACUGACUGUGAGAAAAGUAUUCAGUGUGUCACCUGUGGGAAGGCUUUUAAGAAGCUCUGGUCCCUUCACGAGCACAAUAAAAUAGUCCACGGUUAUGCAGAGAAAAAAUUCUCCUGUGAAAUCUGCGAAAAGAAAUUUUAUACGAUGGCUCACGUCAGAAAACACAUGGUUGCUCAUACGAAGGAUAUGCCAUUCACCUGUGAGACUUGCGGGAAGUCAUUUAAACGCAGCAUGUCACUAAAGGUCCACUCUCUGCAGCAUUCGGGAGAGAAACCUUUCAAAUGUGAGAACUGCAAUGAAAGAUUCCAAUACAAGUAUCAGUUGCGCUCUCAUAUGAGCAUCCACAUCGGACACAAGCAGUUCAUGUGCCAAUGGUGCGGCAAGGACUUUAACAUGAAGCAGUAUUUUGAUGAACAUAUGAAGACGCACACUGGGGAGAAGCCGUACAUCUGUGAGAUCUGUGGCAAGAGCUUCACCAGCCGGCCGAACAUGAAGCGCCAUCGUCGCACGCACACGGGCGAGAAGCCAUACCCAUGCGACGUGUGUGGCCAGCGCUUCCGUUUCUCCAACAUGCUGAAGGCCCACAAGGAGAAGUGUUUCCGAGUCACCAACCCCAUCACCCCGGACAACAACCUGGCCUCCAGCCCGCCCCCCAACUCCAACCCCCUCCUCUCCCACCACCACUCCCACCCUCACCCUCACUCCCUCCCGCUACCCCUCCUGCACUCCCUGCCCCCCACCCUGCCCCCGCCCCACCACCUCCCACCCCCUCCGCCACUCUUCCCGGGCAGUCGGAUCAACGCCAACAACAACUGAACGGCAGAGAGCUAUUAUUUCUUCUCCUCUCCGUACAAAAGAGACAAGGAACUCUAACAAUCGGCUGAAGGUGCCCCCCCACCCCUUCCUCCCUCCCUCCCUCCCUCCCACCCCUCCCAUGUGUGACUCUGAAUAUACUGUUAACUGGGAGGAAAAUAUAACCAAAAGAGGCAAAUGUACUUAAAAGGAUGGGGACUUAAAGUCGACGAACCUUGGGGGGAGGGGGAAGGGGACAAAGAUCAUGACUUGUGUGACGAUAAAAACCUAUUUUGGUGUAUUAUUUACAGUAAGGAUGCAGACAAAUAAUUUUUUUUAACGUAUCAUAUAGGACAAGACUAGUGUGGACUGGUCUCAACCACUCAUAGACUUUAAUCGCUCACUAAAAAAACCAACCUGUGUUAGAACACAAAUAUCCCUACAGUAUAUAAUGCAAGAAGGACUCGUGCAGCUUUAUUGCAGAGUGCAUCUCGGGGGUGGGGAAGAAGCUAAGCAAGACGCCCUUAAUAAAUGUGUUCCUGAAAUACUUACUUAGCAAAGUAAUAUUGGGAGUCUUCCCAUAUCCCGUCGCUCCCCUUUUCCCUCGCCUCAAAUCUAUAACCUGCUAUUUUAUUUAACAAGGGUAAGACGAGCUGUGCUUGUGUGUGGCAAGCUUAACUAUUUACUGGAGCGCGUCUAACAGACUUGGCGUUUAUUUUUUAGCAGUCAAUGUGGGUGUUGAGCAAGUGAACCAUGACUUUGGUUAUUAAAGCAUGGAGCCCGCGACCUACUGUGGGAUCGAUUGAAAGGAGAGUGAGAAAGAAGGAGCUCUAUCUUGUGGGGGUGUGCAGAAGCCAAAGAGGGGGGAGACAGAUGGGCAAGGUCAGUCGUACGAAGUAGCUCUUCUGGCUAGGAAGCCGUGAGCCUGGGCACAACACUACUUUCUCCUGCCCCUCUGAGCCCACUCCAGCUCACCUUUGCUGUCCUUUGCUUGCAAACUUCAUGUAUGUUUCUGGGGAAUUUUUUUAAUAGCAAUUAGCACUUAAUCAUGGGCGGCGUAUCUUCUAACGGGUAAAUACUGUCGUUGCCGUUUUCUUGUUUCCGGAACAUUAAAAAAGAGAAAGGGCAGACUGUGUCAGUACUGGCCAAGGGAUUUUGAUGCAAAGCAGCCGAAUGAAUGGGAGUGAAACUAGUUAGUGUAACACUGAAAGAAAAGUGAUGAAUCCUGCUGAGCACCCGGCAAAAAGGAUGCAAUGAUCUGAGCUGGAGAAUCUCACAUGGUGGCAUUCAGAUGAGGAGCUUUGGGUCACUAAAGUCGCAGCAGCAAUCCUGUCAGUGAUUGUAUGGCUCCAAGCCAUAGUGAGCGAGGGCGUUUGUCCUGUUCAUUAAAUCUUACCUCACUUGAACACGAAAACAGGUGAAUUUUCCUUUCAAAUGUUGCCUUAGAUGAUUGAGUGCGUUGAGUUGCAAGCUUGGAUGGGGCAGUCAAUGAUGGACAUGGAUGCACAUCACAGAAGUGUUUCACCCUCCCUCCCUCCCUCCCUCCCCUUCCACCACUUCCAGCAGAUGUGGCUGCCGUUGACUCAUCUGGGGAUGUGCUCCAAUCUCAACUUACAGUGGUGUCUUUGUGAUAGAGUUGGGGGUUCACGUUUUGGAGAUGAACGAGUAGCAUGAUUACUCCAGUGAGUUGUAUGUGUUUCAACUGGUAUUUCAAUGUGUGUUUCAGAUAGGGACUUUGUCAAUGCACAGUUGAUCAAACACCAUCAGUUUUUCCUGACCAAGGACUUUCUGAUCUUGUCAGAUAGUGCCCAAGGACAAGGGAAUAUUGGGGUUGAUAGUUGACUUAUGUUGAACUUGCUUGAGCUUCUGGAAGGCUUCUAAUAAGUAGUCAGGCAAUAGCAUGGAGAUCCCCAGCAGGAUCACUUACAUUGCUAAGCUUUGCAUCAUACCAAGCAAAGGUAAGUCCAGUUUACCUACCACAUCUUCACCUCAAAAUGGUAGUCUGUGAAAGAUGCACAUUCGCAAGAAGUUAGACACAAAAUGCUGGAUUAAUUCAGUGGGUCAGGCAGCAUCUCUGGAAAAAAGGAAUAGGUUGCGUUUCAGGGCGAGACCCUCCUUCAGACAGGGGAAGGGGAGAGGGAAACUAGAGGUAUGGAAAGAUACAAAGAACAAAUGAAUGAAAGGUAUGAAAAUUACUCAUCAAAGCCAGCAACGAUGAUCAAGGAAAGGUGGAGUCUACAAUGGCCCAAUGAUAACGAGAAUUCAAACAGUGAAACUAGGCAGGACGGCAGUGGAACUAGCAGGAGGAUGGGGUGGGGGAGGGAAGGCGAGAGAGACAGAGAGGGAAUGCAGGGUUACUUGAAAUUAGAGAAAUCAAUAUUCAUACCGCUGGGUUGAAUUAGGACAGAAUAGACUAUACAUCUAGUUUCCUAUUGCAAUUACAGCAGGGUAAGUAGGUGAUCCAAAUACUAGGUGGGUUUUAAUUGCAGAAGGAUUGAAUUACAAGAGUAAAGUCAGGCUGCAGUUACUUAAGAGGCAUAAGAGACCACUGGUGCUGGAAUAUGGAGCACAAAUAGGGUCAAGUAACAUCAGUGGAGGCAAGUAGUUUCGGGUCAAGACGCUGCAUUAGGACCAAGAGUCGGUCCCGCUGGGAGGUCCCGACCUGAAACGUCGACAAUUCCUGGUCCCUCCACUGAUGCUGCCCAUCCCAUUGUGUCCCUCUAGCAAAGGUAGACACGAAGUGCUGAAGUAACUUACCAGCAUUUCUGGGGAACAUGGAUAGGUGGCGUUUCAGAUUGGGACCCUUCAGAGUUCCUCUAGUAGUUUGGUUUAUCACUGCAGAUACAUGUUGAGACCACAUCUGGUUUUGUUAGAUUGAUUGCUCAGUCCAAGAAUCAUUAUUUGAGGAGAGAUUCAGACUACUGGACGUAUAAUUCCCUGGUGUUCAGAAGAAUAAGAGGAGAUCUCAUUGAAACUUAAGAUUUUAUGUGCCAUGGUAGGAUGAAUGCUGAGAAGAUAGUUGUCCUGGCUGGAGAGUUUAGAUCCAGCAGAUUCUGUCUUGGCCACUUAGGACUAAGAGGAGGAGAAAUUUCUUAACUCUAAUUAAGGCUUGCGAAUGUUUGGAAUUCUCUAUUCCAGAAGACAAUGGAUGGUUAGUUUUUUAAUAUAUUCAAGACAAGAUUGUUAGAUCAUGGAAUAUAAGGAUGGUAUUGAUUUAUUAUUGUCAUGUGUACCGAGAUAUAGCAAAAAAUCAUGUGUACAUUGUCCCAUGCAAAAGAGAAAAUAAACAGAGUGCAGGAUAUAGCGUGACAGCUGCAGAGAAAGUGCAGGUUUAGAAAACGUGCAAGGGAUGCAAGUGGAAUAUCGGGAAUUUAUCCCCAGCAUUUAAGUGGUCUGUUCCAGAGUCUGAUAAUUAUGUAGGAAACUGGAAUUAGAGUUGAAUAUCAGUGAACUGCAGAGAAUAAGGGGAAUUGCGGCACAGCUGGUAGAGCUGCUACUUCACAGUGCCAGAGACCCAAGUUCGAUUUUGACCUCGGGGGCCGUCUAUGCAGAGUUUGCACGUUCUCCCUGUGACCGCGCGGGUUUCCACCCACGUCUGAAAGACAUGUUGGUUUGUAGGUUAAUCGUGUCUCUGUAAAUUACCCCUAGUCUGUAGGGAGUGGAUCAGAGUGGAUAACAUAGGAUUGGUGUGAACGGGUGAUCGAUGGUUGGCGUGAACUCGCUGGGCUGAAGGGCCGGUUCCCAUGCUGUAUCUCUCAACUAAACUAAACUAAAGAAGUCCCACAAAGGGUAAAACAGACCCUACCAUGCCCUCCUACCCUUGUCCUUGCUGGCAAACCUGAGCUUGCUGUACCUACUGGAUGCCGCUGAUGUUUUUCACUGUCCACAUCUGGAUCGUUGGGAGUUGCUACCAGGGUCUAAUGUGUCUCCACACGCUGCCAUUUUAGUUUUCUUCGAAUUGCUCAACUAACAGAUACCAGCAAACUGUUUUUUACACUUGAACACUAACAUAGGUUUUAAAAGCAUUUAUUACAUGGAGCGCUUAGGCAGUCUUCUGUUUUGAAACGAGACUAAAGCUGCAGUGAUUGCCUGCUUUGGGGCCUGAAAUGGUCUUGGUUUUUAAACAACUCGUACACUACACACUGCAUCUGCUUCACAGAUUUCUCUUUGUGUAAUUGUUGGAUGUCCUUUAAUUGCCCCGCCCCCAUUGUACUCUAGUACACAAUUAAAUAGUUGGCAUCCGUCCAUCUGCGAGAGAUGAUGGUGCAGAUUUGACGUUGUUCAGCUUGGAGAGGGGAAUGUUUCAUCUGUGGUUGCAUUUAUUGCUGUGGCUGACUAGUCCUCUCCUUGACAGGCAGACCCUCCCACAGGUGAAGUUGUUUCUGGCUGUUGGAUUGGGGAGUGUGUUAUUGUUGCUGUUGAGCAUUUAGUGGCGAUGAUGCCUGGUCUCCAGGGUCUUGAACCAUGUGCUUCAUACCCGCCUGGAGGUCCUUUCCUCCUCUCACACAAUGAAGUAAGGCUGGAAAAAUGAUGGCUGCUCAUUUGAAAUAAGUGAAUCGGAAAUGACAUAAUCAAUCAGCAACAUUAAUCUUACAGAAAAUCACUGUCUUUUAUUGGGGAGAAGUUCACGUCAUAGAAGCAGAAUUAGACCAUUCAGCCCAUUGAGUCUACUCUGCCAUUCAAUCAUGGCUGAUCUAUCUUUCCCUCCAACCCCAUCUAUUAACCUCUCCCCAUAAGCUUUUAUACCCUUAUUAAUCAAGAAUCUGUCAAUCUCUGCAUUAAAAACACCCAGUGACUUGGCCUCCACAGGCCAACUGUGGCAAUGCAUUCCACAGAUUCACCACUCUGUCUAAAGAGAUUCCUCCUCAUCUCCUUUCUUAAGGUACGUCAUUUUAUUCUGAGGCUGUGGCCUCUGGUCCUAGACUCUGUUGUGCAGGUCUUCGAAGAAUCAUUUGGUGGCAAAUAACAGGGGAGCGAAAGUAUGUUUGCAAGUGCACUGUUAACACAGACUAUAUUUUAGAUAUUUAACGUGCAGUAUUUGUCUUUGCACAGAGGGAAGGAGGAAUGUGUCAAGUGAAGCAUCGCAGUAUUUUUAAUGUGCUCUUUAUCGGAUACAGAGUUUAAAAUGUUAAAUAAAAUAAAAGGUUAGUUAUUAUAAAAACAUAGGACUUUUUUAAUAUUAAAUGUUUUUAAUACUUUAGAAUUCUGCCUAUUUUGCUCAUCGUAAAGAGAAGGAAUUGGAGGGGAACCACACUUUAAGCAAUAGUUAAAGCAAGGGGUUAGCAUUUUAAUGUUUCUCACAGUACUGAUAAUUCAGCACUUUUCAUUAUGUCUUGGUGUACUGCUAUAGGAGCCCUCAGCUAGUCAUUGGCAGAUAAGCCCUCGUUUUUUAAAAACCUCCUGCAUAGGAACCUACCACAGUGCUGCAAUUCUUUGCAGUUUUGGAGUGAAGGGGGAGUUGUCACAUUGUGACUUUUUUUGCACAAAGUUCAAGGUUAUUGUGUAGGAAGGAACUGCAGAUGCUGAAUAUCAACACAAAAUGCUGGAGUAACUCAGUGGGUCAGGCAGCGUCUCUGGAGAAAAAAAAUAGGUGACGUUUCAGGUUGAGACCCUCCGUCAGGCUGAGAGCAGUCAGUCUGAAGAAGGUUCUCGACCCGAAACGACACCUAUUCCCUUUCUCCAGAAAUGCUGCCUGACCGGCUGAGUUACUCCUGCAUUCUGCGUCUAUCUUCAGUUCAAGGUUAACUUUUCAUUUGCAGUGAUCCUUCCCCUCAAACCCACAGUCACACCUCUAAACUGCAUUAGCCAGAGGGAACGUGUGAUUGUGUCCUUCCCUUUUUUUGUAGCCAAGAUCUCUUUGUAUCAUUGAAUGGGGGUGGGAAAUGUUUGAAUUCCAUAAUCCUAUUUUUAAAAAAGAGUUUUGAUAAAAAAGUUUUUGACAAAAAUUAUCCCAAAGAAAGCAAUAAAUGGACAUUUAGCAGGACAAACUCACACAGGUUAACUGUAUGUCUUUGUGUCUCACAACAACAAUGUUAAGAGGAUUUUUAUUUUGUUUUGGUGGCACUACCUUCGGUGAGUCUUAUUUUUGUUUUUUUGAAUAAAUCCUCAUUCCAGUUGCGGCAAUUUCAGGAACUCUCAUCCUUUAUCAAGCCAAACGCACGUUACGUUCCUGUCGGAUGUAAUUCUGCUUGGCCAUAAUAUGGUCUGCCCCUCUCUUGAGGCUGAAUGGGUUAAAGAUUCGGACACAUUCUGCUUGGAUAUUAAAUUCAAAGGUAGCUACGUCUGAGGGUCAGAGUUGAAGGGUGAGAGUUAACAAUGAAUCGGAUGAUUUAACCCUUUGUUGGCAUCCAUCACCUUACCACAAAUGUUACUUUUCACUGUACUGCCCAGUAUCACGGGUGAAUUUCUUCAUGUGCUUCAUUUAGGUAAGCUAUUUUUUAUCCAUGAAAUCUUGCACCUUAUCCCUAUUUAAUAGUCCUUUCUACACAGACCAGAGGGGUGGGAUGGUUGGUUGGGGGUACGGUGGGAGGGAGGGGGG